GGUUUUCAACCCCUUUGCCGUAGCUUCGCCCUAACUUGGCACCCUUGGCGGCCCUGAGCCUGGGAUGAACCGAUGUCCUUUGGACGCGCUGGGGAAUUGUUUGGCCUUUUGCCCCUUGCACGAGCGUCUGCGCUGCGCGUCCCUAGCCCGUCGCUGGCAUGAGGCAGUCAUGGAGCCUUCGCUAUGGGCCCAACUGAUCCCCGAGCCGGAGGACUUGGCGAGUCUCAACAGUUUGCUGCGGAGGUUUGGGAAAAACGUGAGGUACUUGAAGAUUGCAAGUCAUGGACCUUUCCGUCUCAGCGCUUCCUUGAAGCCUGAGCAGCUGUCAAAAUGCGUUCAGUUGGAAGAGUUGUUCCUAGGUGGAUUUCGGGGUCGUGACCUAGAAAGCUUCUGCCAGAGUGCUUCGUUCUGCCUUGAAUCCCUCAAGUCGUUGACCAUCGAGUGCGAUCCCUACUUCAACCUCGGAAGCUUCUCACACAACACGGGGACGCACAUGGCGUCGCUCCCUGCCAGUUGGCUGAGCUGCUUCCCCAACCUCGAAAGUUUGGUGUGCGAUUAUCUCCGGUUGGAGGUCACUCCCCAGGAGCUGCCGCUGGCCGCGGACUGCGAGUCCGACAGCGCCGACGAGGAGAUCCUCUUUCGCGAGGAGCCAAGCGGCGAGGUCCGCGAGGUCCGCGAGGACGAGGCAAGCGGAGCAAACCCAUCGCAGGUCAGUCUGCAGGAGGUCCUGGUGGAGCUCGGUGACGAGGCCGAGGCCGAAGCGGCCGAGGCCGAAGCGACGCAAGCGACGCGGCGCGGGCUGGAGCUGCCGGCCGGAGCCAUCCUGCCGCGGGAGAGGAGAGAAAGGAAGGAGGAGGUGGAGAACGUGCAGCCGAUGGCGAAGCUGACCUCGUUGAGCUUCGUCGCGGUGGUGCGCGGUCAGGGCUCGACCUGGAACUCCCCGCGCUGCCGCUGCGACGUGGCGGUGCUGGCGCUCCUGGCCCCGGCCUUGGAACGCUUGCAGAUCCGCAGUCCCAACAUCGCGCUGGGGCGGAUGAGCCGCCGACCCGGGCAGAGGAUGGAUGGCUUGAUCAGAGUGUCACGGCACUUCUGCAGCACUGGACUGAGGGACCUGUUGGCAGCAGGGUAUUUGUUGCCCCAUUUGAAAGAGCUGAAGGUGGAGGUGUUGAAGGAUGACACCGGGCAACCCUGGGACACCGGCUCCGUCCUCACCGUCCCUGGCUCCAAAUCCGGGCGUCCCAGCUCCGGGACGACGCAUCUUGCGCUGGCACUAGGCGUGCAGGACAGGAACUUCCAGCUGUGCGUGGGUGCCUCGGAGCAGCUGGCGGGGAAGCUACGCCUGGCCAAUGUGCCGGCAGGUGGCAGCUCCAUUGCUACCUUCCAGUCCUUUGCAGUGGCAGAGCAGCAUCUGCCACUGCUACAACUGCUGCAGAGAUAUCAAGACAAGUUGACAGCCAAGGAGACCACAUCUCCUUGUGACUUUGAAGUCGACAUUGUCGAAGUUACCUGAACAGUUGCGGUUGCCGGGCCGAAAAUCAAAGGCCGGUCACGACCUACAGCCUGUUUCAAGCAGUAUGUAAUCUGCAUGUAGGUGCAAAGCUGCCUAACCAGACUUGGCCGACAGUUCAAAUGGUCGU